AUGGAGAAGAAGAACUCAAUCGUUGAAGAACACAAGGAAACAAUUAAAGCUGCUAUUUCAGUAUCCCCGAAAUAUCUGGAAUUAUAUCACGAUUCCAAUUUUACGGACAUUAAAUUAAUUAUUGGUGAUCGCAGUUUCUUAUGCCAUCGAAUAGUUUUAGCUGCAUGUAGUGAAUAUUUUUGCGCUAUGUUUACGAGUGAUUUUAAAGAAAAGAACGAAGUAGAUGUGAAUCUAGUAGAGAUUGAUCCUGUGAUAGCCUCUCUCGUUAUCAAGUACAUUUAUGGUCAUGAAUUAGAAUUGACACUAAUGGAAUUAUCGCGUGUUCAGGCGAUUUACGCACUAGCUUUGCAAUGGACAAUCAGGGAAUUACAGAAGCAAUGUCAUGAUUACUUUACUGCCAUCAUGAAUGCUGAAAAUUGCUGUCAACUAGCAAGUUUUGCCGAUUAUUAUCAUGCAGCAAAAUUAUGUGAUGAAAUUCUAGUUUAUAUAAGGGAAAAUUUCUUCGAAUGUAUAAAGGUUAAAUCGAUCAAAGAUCUUUCCUAUGAUUUACUUAUUCAAUUAAUACAAUGUGAUUAUCUUAAUGUGACAGAUGAAGAUUCUCUACUAGAAUCUAUCAGUAUCUGGAUUGAUUCAGAUAUAUCACAGAAGAAAAGAUAUCUCAUAUCUUUGUUAAGUAACUUACGCUUACCUUAUAUUUCGCCUGAGUCUUUAAUUGCAAUAGAAGAAAGAUAUAUUGAUGUCAUUGAAAAUUCGCUUGAAUAUUUAAAUAUGCUACGACGAGUUAAAAAUUACAGUCUCAUUCCAGAAAACUAUUUCGAUAAAUCAGCAAAACCCCGCAUGUACAUUAAAAAUGUUGAUUAUUGCGGCGUUACGUCCAUCCACAAAAGCGAUGCAAAAAAGAGACAGGAUUGCUUUAAUGUAUAUGGUAUCAUUAAUAAUAAACGUUAUCGACUUCAGCGCUUGGAUUCCAGUACUUUAGUUGAUGCCAGUAACAUCAAUCAAAUCGAGCGUGUACGCUUAUUAACCUAUGCGGCCGUCUGUGUAGGUCAUAAAAUCAUCGUAUUUGGAGGCGUUAAUGAAGAUAAGCAAGCUCUGGACUCUAUAGUCGCAUUCGAUGUCCGAAAAACUAAAUGGACAUGUCCUACGUGGGCUUUUGAAUUACCGGAACCUUUAGCUUACCUUGCAGCCUGCAUUUACAAGGAUGAUAUAUAUAUAAUGGGUGGCUUAAACAAGAAUAAUCAGUGUUCAAAUAAAGUAUGGAGACUAUGUAGGCAAAACAAGACUUGGGAAGCAGUAGCACCACUCAAUACUGCUCGUAAAUGCUGUCAAGUUGUCGUGGUAGAAAAUUUUAUUUACAUUGGUGGCGGUCUAGAUGAUAACGAGGACUUGAUUACGACAUUUGAAAGAUAUAAUCCUCUACUUAACACUUGGAAUAUUGUUUAUGAACUUAAAACUAUACAUCAUUCCAUUCGUUUAAUUUACGCUCGUAGUAAAUUAUUUAUCUAUCACAGUGAAAGUACUUACGACUGCUACAUGCAAAGCGCAGAUGGAAAAUGGUAUAAAGCUUCCGAACGCGAAAUUAGUGAAUGUAGUCGAGAAAUUCACGGUAUUGAUUACAUAACCGAUGGUUAUAUAGCCAUCGACCAAAAGAUGAAUGGAUAUGGCUUCUUUAUUCCACGUUGUAAAUAG